AUGGCCGCCACACACUCACAGGAAUCAUCGCGCGAAUCUGCUCCGCGAGAUAGGCAUCGUGCUGUGAGCAGCAUGCUCUCAAGCUCGAGAGCUUUAGGCCUCGUCUUGACAGUCCUCCCACUCGUUCUCAGCACCCAAGCAGAAAUUGUCUCGCAGCAGUUGUCUUCGGUCGAGGCCCAGGAGCAGCGCACCUGCCAAGGCACUCACAUAUUCCUCGCGCGAGGAUAUAACGAAGAAUAUCCGGGGAGACAGAAAGCCUUAGUUAAUGCCAUCUGUUCUGGGCUCACCAGCGACGAGUGUGGAUAUGAGGACAUCUUAUUCGACGACAUGGAGGGGAGCGUCUAUGGAAAUGCGGUGUACGAAGGGGUCACGGCGGGCAAAUCGCAGAUCACAGCCUACGUGAAGGACUGUCCCGACGCGAAGCUUGUGCUCUCUGGGUACAGCCUUGGAGCGCAUGUUGUAGGCGACAUGUUGGGUGGCAAUGGAGGGGCCUUCACAAUAUACGACACGGUAGAGCCCGAGGUCGAUGGGUUUGACUCGGCCAAGGCAAGCCCUGGAAGUCAUCUUGCUGCCGUGCUGGUCUUUGGUGAUACUCGCCACACAGCAGGGCAGUCGUACAACGUCGGGUCAGGUGCCGACAAGAACAGCUACUAUCCGCGGAGUGGCGCAGUGCUCGAGAAGGUGGGCGCCUUUGCUUCGGUCCUCCGAUCGUACUGCGUGUCGACCGAUCCAGUGUGCGCACAGGGAGACGAUGUGUCGACCCAUCUGGACUACUUCCAGAAGUCAGCAGAUGAUGCCGCAAAGUGGGUGCGGUCGAUGGUGGACAAGACUGAUAACGACAGUGCCGCGACGAGUGCGAGUGGCACGGUAGCUGCGAGCUCUCGAGCCGCAUCGGGGACGGCCAGUACCGUUCUCUCUGCGACGACAGGGGCUGCUCUGGGCGGAAGCAACUCCACGAGCAUAAGCUCCUGGUCAAACCCAAGCACCGCGGCGGGCGCGAGUACGACUGCAGCCGCAACGGGAUCGGCCACGACUACUGCCCCAUCUGGCAGCGGCGUGGCUACGCUCAGUCGCAAGAAGGUUCUCGUGUGGUUGGGUAUGAUGAUGGCGUCGUGUUUCCUUGUAGGACAAUAG